GAGUGGGUGAGACGAAAAUUUAGUCUGGGAAGUAUUAAUCAAAAAGAGAAAAACAAAACAUUACAAAAUCUGAAGGAUACAUUAAGAACAAAACCGGGUCAACGAAACAAAAACAAACAUGCAGCCGCCACCUAGAAAGGUGAAGGAGGCUCAGGAGGUGAAGGUGGCCUUUUCUGAUCAGGUUGCCCGGUUACAGAGUAAACACCAGCAGGAGAGUGAGCUGUUGGAUGACAUCAGGUCGUACAGCAAACAGAGGGCAGCCAUUGAAAAAGAGUAUGGCCAGGCAUUGCAGAGGCUUGCUCAACAGUUUCAGAAGAAAGACUGUUAUAGGGGGAAGGGAGAAGCUGCGAACUCUGGGAGUGUGUUUGGCGUCUGGAGGUCUCUGGUGGAGGCCACGGCGCACUGCGGGGGGUCCCGCGUCAGCGCGGCGGAGGGAUACCGCGCUCUUACCGCCGAGGCGCUGAAGGGCCUGCGCACCGCCAGCGAGCAGCGGACCAAGAGGGGUCUGGAGCAGCUGCAGCAGGUUCAGGGCGAGCUGGUGGAGGCCGUGCGGGAGCUGAACGAGGUGAAGAAGAGGUACUGUCAGCUGGGACACAUCGCCAGCGUGGCCCGGGAGAAAGCCUCCGACGCCCAGGCCAGGUCCAAAAAGAGUGACCAUGGAAUUUUCCACUUUAGAACAGGCCUCCACAAGAUGACCGCAAAGUUAAACGACCGUCUCGGCGAGUGUGAGCGUCGGCUCAUGGAGGUGCGGAACGAGUAUCUGCUGACGCUGGUGGCCAUCAACUGCCACCACCAGCACUACCACGCCACCGAGCUGCCCGCCAUCAUGAAGACCAUGGACGGGGACCUUUACGACCAGGUGCGAGAGCAGCUCACCCUCCUGUGUCACACGGAGAUUGGCACUUGCCAGUCAACGCAGAGCGAGCUUGCCAGGAUCUGCACAGACUCCAGCCAGGUGACCAGGGAGCAGGACCUCAAGGUCUUUCUCCAGGAAUCCUCAGUCUUCACACGGACCUCACAGUUCCACUUCCAGAAGGUUCCCAGUGACACGGUGUCCAGCCUACAGCACAGCAGGACCAGCACAGAGGGGGAGAGCUGCCUGGAUAAGGAGGCGCGCAAGUGGGCCACCAAGUCCGCCAAGGACUACAAACUCAUCGCCCACGGGGAGCGGGCCCUGCGCACACUGGAGAGGCGACGGGAGGUGCAGGCGGAGGGCAGGGGUUCGGGAGUGGAGCAGAAGAUGGAGGAAGUGAAGGAGAGCAUUAGGAAGGCGCAGGUGAGCCGUCUGAAGGCGGAGGCUCGGCUGGGCAUGCUGGCCGCGGCGGGGGUGGAGGUGGAGCCCUGGGUGAGCAGCGCCGUGGGGCAGGUGGACGAGGAGCUGGAGCGGGACCGGAGGUUCAGCGAGGCCCGUCUCUCCAACGGAGACGUCUCCUCCAUGGAGGACGAAUUUGAAUUUAAUGACUUUGAGGAUUUCGAUGAAAAUGCAGACAUUUUCACCGAGUCGACAUCUGGCCCUCGCCAGCGUGGAUACCCUUUGCCAUGUAGGGUCAUCUACAGCUACCAGGGUUGCCUGGCAGAUGAGCUGUCAAUCACAGAAGGGGAGGAGCUUCAGGUCGUUGAGGAUGGUGACAUGGAGGACUGGCUAAAGGCACGCAACACCUCUGGACAGGUCGGAUACGUGCCAGAGAGUUACGUGCAGUUCCUCAGGCCGCCAGCAGGGGGCUCUGCUGCACGCACGGUCUGUGAGAGCCCUCGGCUGGACUCAUCACCCAACAGCUCCAAGUCAUUACCAGGGUCUUCCACCAGGGGGCAGGAGAGCUCUUCUCACACUGUGGGGCUGGCGCGUGCACUGUACCAGUACUGCGGGCAGAGUGCAGACGAGCUGUCCUUCCAGGAGGGGGCGCUGAUCCGGCUGCUGCGCUGCGACCACAGCGCCGUGGACGACGGCUUCUGGGAGGGAGAGCUGGACGGGCGCGUCGGCGUCUUCCCCUCACUCGUGGUGGAGCUGCUGGCCGAGGGGGAGGAAGAGGAGGAGGAGGAGGAGGAAGACGAGGGCGUGCCCUCUCCCACCCCCACUCCCUUCUCUCCCCCCAUCCCCAUUGUGAGAGCUCCCCUCACACAGCAGUACUCCUCCUCCUGCCCGGGGUCCUGGUCUGAGCUCAGCACCUCCCCUCCAGACAGGGAGGACCGGCUGCUGGGGGUGCCUCAGGACCUGCGCAGGCUGUUCGACAGGAGAGGAGGCAGCUGCAGCAGUACCCACAGCUCACCUGAUCUCUCUGCAAGGAGGAUUCGGCCGACCCGGGCCCCGCCUCUCCCUCCCUCACACAGGUACUCCCCAGGGCCUUAAUGUCCCUGUUCAGACAGGGGAGUGGAGACCUGUCGCUGUGUGGGACACAUCAGACUUUAUAAAGACAAACUACUGCUGUCAUCUGUAUGGACCAGUGCUUCACCCGCAAGGUUAACCCCAUUUCCACAGCCCUGUUCUCCUCAUCUCUCUCAGCAUGCGUUUUAUUAUGUGAAAAUCAGUGUUAGCAACCCUUUUUCCUGUUACAUUUCUUUAAUACUGUGUGUUUAUUAUGCAUCAACAGGUCCAAUCAUGUCAGUGGCGGGCAACGCUUAGUUUCAGAUCUAAGGAAGAAUUGCCUGAUUAUGUUAUUCAAGGUUUAAAAAAUAUAUAUAUGUUGUUAAAACCAUUUUCAUAAAUGGAGGUUCGACAGUUUUACUCUUUUAUGAGUCAGUUGUUUUUUGGGGUUUUUGUCAAGAGAAUUUACCCGAAUGGAGUGGUGCUGGAUUACGCUUAUCACAGAUAAUCAAGCCUCAUGAAACAUCACAGGCGACACACACACCAGCUCAAAAUGUCAACAAAUCCAGAUGGAGCCAGUGCCGACUGCGGCCGGUAGCUCCACAGGGGGUGAUGCGCGUUGGUAAGUUCCGUUGGCCAGGAUACGGAUGACAUCAGUGGGCCUGCGUUUAUCUGGCGACCCCUACUGGGCGUGGACAGGCCUGCGGUCUACAUGCAGCUGCAUACGAGUGGUCUUCCUUUGAUUCCACUCUGUGAGAGUUUGGUGACGGUGCGUAAGGAGAAGCAGCUGGCUGAGCCUUGGUACUGCACUGGGGACUGAAUCUCGGGCGUCCUGUUCAGAGGGUGAUGCACCGUGAUCGCGGCUGGGGAGGAGAUGAGACAUUCCAAAUUAAGGUGGGAAUUGGAUAUGCAGAGCCCGAGGUUGGUCUUCUUAAUAAAUACAAAGUAAACUGCAAAUGUCAACAUGGCUACUUGCUUGCCAACCACUCACCGUAACGUCUGGGAAAGUAUUUUCAAUCUGUUCAUGUUCAUUUUAUGUUCAGUUACAUAUUUCUGCUGUUUAUUUAACACGCACAAUAUGCAUUGGUCAACAUUCAUGUAAAUGUUUUAAUGAGUUAGCUAUUGAGCUCAAUUUUUAUGUGCAUGUUUCUUUUGCUAUUUCCUACAGUCUGUGACAGUUUACUAUGCUGUAUUAGUUUAGCUUCAUACUUAUGAAGUAAUGAGAUGCCAUGUCAAUAUAUUCAGGGGCUCUGUAUUUAGACUGGCCUCUCCAGUCACUGGUUGCUAUGCAUGUUACUAUGCUGAUGACACUGAACUUUUGUGGCAUGUUGGGUAAAGGUCUACUGCACCAGAGACGGUUUUAGCAAGGCAUCUCUGACUGAUUCUAAGAUUGAUCACUGGUCCCAGUAGCUAAUGACUCUCACCUCUUUUUUUUUUUUUCACUCACAAAAACCUCUUCUUCUGUGGUGCCCUCACAGCUCCAAAUGAAGAUUUUAAUGAACUGAUUUAUGAAGUAGCCCUCACUGUGGCUAAGCAGUUUUACCUGUCUAGACCUGGUUUUAGUUGCUCCGUGAUUGUAAAUUAAAACCACUGGUCUUAAUUUUAAGGGAACCGCCUUCUAAACAAAGCUUGGAGUUUCAGGAAUCAUUACUUUAAGACCUUUUCAUUUGUUGUCAUCAUUGUAAUUCUGAUCAUGUAUCAUAAAUUAUGCUUGUGGAAGAUGGCCCAAAGUGAUAUCAGUGUGACCUGAACUUGAUAAAAUGAGACCUACAUAACAUGAUUAGAAGCAUGGCUUAACACCUCAUAAGAUAUGUAAUAAAACUGUCGUAAUAUACACAUACCUAUCUUGAAUGUGUUUUGUAAAAUGUUUGGUUCUGUUUGAUAUGAUAUACUUUAUUUGUCAUCAACCGUACUAUGCUGUCAUUAUGAUGUACAGUGUUACCAACGUGACAAAAGUAAUGUGAUCCCUCAUUAAGAGAUUAUCUGCCCAUUGCUUUAGCUGUCCAAGGUUCCUGUUGUGAGGUUUGUUGCCUUGACUGAAUGACUAUUAUGAAUAUGAAUGAUAAAUAAAAGGUUAGCGCUAGUCUGACGGUGGCAGUGUGGAUUCAGUAAGGGACCAUUCGUUCACAGUCUGUUAAGCUGCGCAACAGGUAUAACAAGCUGGAAGACUAAAGACAUACGGAUUCAACCAUUAGAAGAAGCCUAAAUCGUGGAUGCCAUCUGUUCAGUCCCUAAUUGCUAAUUAAAGUCAGGAUUCAGUGAACGGCUAUGAAUCGCUUUAAUCAGCACACAAAGAACGCAGGGAAAUUACCAAAAUGAAAAGGGCUUUGUUGAUAUUAAAAGCCAUUUUAAGCAAAAAGGUGAAAUGAAGAGACGGUUCUACCAAGGCCUGGUAAAAAUGCAUAGCUUUAAUUAAUUUUUGUUUCCUUUUAAAGUCAUACAAGAACAAAAUCAUUGCACAGCUGUAUUUCCAAGUUAGAGACUACCAUGAUUUAUUACCUAGGUAUAUGGAUACUAUAUAUAAUUGUACAUACAUAUGCCUUUUUUUGUUGUUAUUUUUGAUUCUCUAGAAACGAUUCCAGCUUGAUUCCGUCAAUGUUGUCACAUGCAGUAUAUGUUUUGUUAAGGCCACUAGACGAACACAUUUAUAUAUAUUACUUGCAAUCAACAGAAACAGGAAGUGAUGGAUUUAACGGUGAUCGAGAACUGUAUUGUCAUCGCGGUUAACUGCUGCUAACUGCUGCGGGAGGAGAGAGCGAAGUCUCGUUCGAGUGAUUCUGCGAGAGAAAACUCACCCGACCGCAGCAGGAAAGUGCCGUAUCUCUAUGAUUGGUGUGCUUAUCUUGUUUGGUACUUCUUCUGUGUUACGCCCUCUGUCCUUGGGGAACACUGCUCUGUAGUCGUGUGUGGAUGUGCGUCGAAGAGGAGACCUGACCUUUUCUGCACCUCUCUACUGUCGCUGCUGGUGAAGAGUUAGUGGCCGAGCAAAGUGUCAGUUUGUACCUUAUCACACCACUAAAGCCAUGAACUCUGAAUAAACUCUUUCCAAAAAUAAACGAUAUUUUCCAUUUUA